AUUUUAUUUUUUUCCCAAGAAAGAACAUCGUUUCUUUUCGUACCUAAAAACGGUCCAAAUGCUAGAACUCCGUUUUCAAAAUUGAAUGUAAAAAUCACUUGUAGAAAAACUGGGGUCCAAAGACGACGAUAAACGUACUUUGGGGAAAACCGAUCUACGACGUUUGCCCAGUUCGGGCAAUAACAUUUCAAAUAGGACUAGAGUUUUGGAUAACUGAAGAUAUUGGACGAGUUUCGAAUUCAAUUAGAUGUUCKUGGCGAUAGUUUUCUCAUUGUUUCUCCUACUUCAUCACACGGCCUCCUUACCAGUGUCGCCUGUGCCACCACUGUUGAACAAACUUCUCAAAGAUCAGAAUGUCACAUUGGGUUUCAUUCUAAAGGGUCUUCAAGGACCCCCCGGUACUGCCGGUCAAAAUGGUAUGUCCGGUUCUCCAGGUCCUAUGGGUCCCAUGGGUCUUAAAGGAGACCCUGGUAUGCCCGGUAUGCCCGGUCCACCAGGUAUGCCUGGUUCACCUGGGUUGCAGGGACCGCCUGGUUUUGAUGGUAUGCCUGGUGCUCCUGGUAUGCCCGGUCCUGCUGGUAUGCCCGGUGGUAGUGGUAUGCCUGGACCUCCUGGUCCACCUGGUCUGACAGGUCCUCCUGGUCCCGCUGGCCCUACUCCCAUCAGAUAUAACGGCACCGUCAAAUGUGAAGAAGACACAGCCUGGCUUCGAUGUAACGAAUACAAACACAUUAGCAUUAUCUCCGCCUUCUGGGGACGACGAAACUUUGGCCUCUGCACAGAACACACCGGCAACCUAAAAUACGACAAAUACUGCCCAACGUCACCACUAUUCACCACGAAAGUAAAAGAUACAUGCGAAGGAACAACGAUGUGUGAGAUUAAAUGCACUAAAUUCUUUUUCCACGACCAAUCAUGCCUCGAUGUGUACAAAUAUUUGGAAGUAUAUUACAAGUGUAUCGAAGUUAUCAAUGGCCACGAGGUGGUGAACGAAGAUAACCUACUCAACGCUAACUUCUUGGGUUAGAUUUACCCGUAGAUCAUAGACACUGAACGCUUACUUGCUAAGGGUUUGUACUACUGUUUAAUUUUACUUUGGCUGACAACACCACAACGAGUCGAAUGUAUAGUUCAAGGGUUGGGUUCUCCCCUUGAGCGAGAGAGAAAAUAAUAUAUACAUUCAGAUAUUCAACGUUUCGAAAGAAAAUAAAUAUAAUAGUGGCACUUUUGCCCGGUGUAAAAUACCAUUGAAUCUGUAUAGCUAGAUAGUUAUGUUCUAUUCCCGUCGUACGUCCAAAAAUGGCAUUCAUUUUUCAAGACUUGACAUGCUUUAGAAACCACACUACAUUUGAGUGAGAGUGAUAUUUAUCUCUGUAUAGGGUCAAAAUAAUUUAUUGAGCGAUUCGUUCUCUUAUGAAAUUGUAUAAUUAGUGUUAAUUUACAAAAACCGUUCAAUGUGAAGAUAAAAAAGGUGCUCUAAUUAACCGCUAAGGGAGGAUAAUUUUAACAAGACGAAAUAGCAAUCUGUAUUUUACAGAGGAAAUUGUGAUGUAACCUUCCGUUGGAAAUGUAAAUAAACCGGUUAAUUCAAAUGGUAUAUCGUCGACAUCACGUGGUCCUGAUCACGUGAUUCUCGUAAUCCCGCAAGUAGUACUGGUCAUAGCGUUAUAGAAGCGUGUAUGUGCGCAUGCGUCAUUCUAUUUUUAUUUGUUUUUGUCUCGUUAUACGGGAUAUGAACCGAAAUAAACCGUUCACAAAACUA